ACAAUUCGGAGAAGACGCGAAGACCGUGUCAGUUGAUAUUCCUAAUAGUGAUGUCCUGGAAUUGUUUAUUUGUGGACGGCAAAUGAAGUCCAAUCUAUAAUCUCGUGGUGCGACAUGGUAAAACUACGGGCUCGGAUUAAUAUGACAGGAAGUUUCAGGCGGAGGAAAGCUAAUAAAUUCUAAUCAAGAAUCGACAGAAAAGAAGCUACCUGGAUGCUGUGCCAGUUAAUAUUCCCUCAUUGAUCUGCAAAUAUAUUAUAAUGCUGGGACGGGGUUCUGCUACAAGUUUCCUGACUUUUCAACCUGAAAGUUCCAACCCAGCAGACACUCUUCAUGACUUUGACUCUGCUUUUUGUAUUAUUAAUGGCUUCUUUGUGUCGAGUGGGGACUCAAAUUAAAGACCACGAAGGGGUCCCCGUUCUUGCAGUUGACCUGCGCUUGGUAACACUUCCACGGCAUUGGCUUCGUUAUUUCAAGUGGGAAAUUUCUCGCCAAAGUUGCCCAGAAGAAAAUUGGUUCCUACGUUUCCAUCUUAAUUGGCUCCUUCAAUAUUCACUCGUUCUCUACCAGCAAUCUCGCCGAUGGAGUCCAUUUUCUUGGUUACGAUCUUCUUGUCUUCCAUCUUUAUAGCUACCGACGCUUAUAGGUCUAAUUCCAGAACUAUACAGUGCAGCCGUGGAGGUCCUGAAAUUCAAUCUCCUUUCUGGGUGAAGUUUCGGCAACCCCACAGCUGCAACGCUUCUGGGUUUGAGCUGAUUUGUAGAGAAAACGCCACCACGAUUCGCUUCCCGUCCUACGGCGACUUGGUGGUGAAAUCCAUUCUCUACAACACUAGGAAGCUCGAUCUCAUCGACCCCAAAAGUUGUGUCCAUGAAGUCUUUCUCAAUCUCAACCUCUCCCUCACACCUUUCCAUUACUAUUAUUCUGUCAAAAACUACACUUACCUCAACUGCUCGGCACCUCUUUCGAAUUCUUUCACAGAGAUUCCAUGCUUGAGUGGCCGAAGCUUUCAUGUUUAUACCGUUGAAUCUUCUCUUCCCGUGCCGGGCUCUUGCAAAAAGAUUAAAACAGUCGCAAUCCCAUUCUCUUAUAGUCCUUAUAUAUCUGAUAACACCUUUGGUCUCGGGUUGACAUGGGACCUGCCUGGUCGUGAAAGGUUCACCUCGAAAGGUCAUCACCAUAUCUUAUCUAUUGAUAGAGGACAUGGCGAAGCGGUUCUAAGCAUUGGAAUCGUUAUCGUCGCACUUGUUGCCCUGGUAAGUAUCACAAUUUAUCGGUCUAGAGAGCUGCAGAAGCUGAAAAGGGAGCAGAAGCUUGAAGCCCACAAAUUAUUAGCAGAUUCCUAAAGCCCAAAAAUCUGAAGCAACACUGGAUUGCUGGUAUUCAAGACUUGAAGUAUGUAAAAUUAAAUUUAUGAUGAAGAGCCAUCCUCAAAACCAUCAGCCAGAGAUUCAGAAUCUAGCUGUUCUUUUUAUUUUAGUCUCGGAUCAUUUCAACCCAAUAGGAGAACAAACGUGUAACUUAAAUUGUUAUAUGAUAUUCUAGAAUCUGCAUGAA